AUGCUUUUAACCUUUUUAGUAAUACUUUUGGCAAACGCGGAUCCUUUUUUGAAAGUUGGAGAAAAAGAACCAAGAACAACUUAUCCCAACUGCAAAAAGUUCAAAAGAAUACUUGAUGAUAAUGGAAAUCCGACUGAUACUAUCAAUUGUAUUGAGUGUGAAAAUAGUUACUUUAAACUCGAGAAUGGAAAGUGUGUUUAUGAUCCAAAAAAUUGUAAAGUAGAUGAUCCCUAUGUAUAUAAAAGUGGUGCUGAAUGCAAAUUUUGUGAUUAUGGAUGUAACAAAUGUAGUUCAACAGGUGCCUGUACUUGUUCUUUUAACGACAUUUUUGACACUUGCAAAAAAUGUGUAAGUACUUUUGAUUCAGUAAGUGGAUCAACAAAAACGACAAAAUGUAAGUAUUGUGGGCAAGGACUUGCAACAAAAGUAAAUUUAGAUGAGUGUGAAGAUGCUCCAAAUGGAGACGAAAUUUUUGAUAAAACAAAUUGUGCUCUUUCUGGAUUGGAAAAAGGCAAACCUGUAUGUUUAAAAUGCUAUGGAGACAAAACACUUAAUGAAGAAAAACAUUGUCAAACCAAACAAAAAAUAAUUGAAGGUUGUUUAAGACAAAAUGGGGACAACUGUUUGAAGUGUGAUGUUGGAUACAUUCUAUCAUCUAAAGAAUGUGUUAAAAAAGACGCAAAUUGUAAUCAACUCAAAGAAACACUUACAAAGAUUACUUGCACAUCAUGUAGAGAAGGAUAUUACAUUGAAGAUACAGGAAAAUGUACAAUGUGUGGAGUGAGAGGAGAUGAAAACAAACAGUACGACAGUUUGUGUGAAUUGUAUGAUACCACCAAAUGUACUCAAUGUAAUAAAAGAUGUAAAGUUUCCGGAGGUAAAUGUGUUUCCAAUUACUGUGUUGAAUUCAGAUCGGAUGGGAAAUGUGGUAUUUGUGAAGACGGAUAUUAUGCACUUAAUGGAAUAUGCAAUCCGUUUGCAAAUGAUGGGUUAGAUAAAUCUUCAGGAAGCCCAAUUUGCAAGACUGGAUAUUAUCUUGAUUAUGAUAAAGAAACAAAAGUUUAUUCAUGCAAAAAAUGCAAAGGACAUUUUAUGGAUUGUUUGACUGCAGAUACGCCAAUGCCUGGAAGUUCUUUGUACGAUAAUUGGAAAGCGACAAAAACAGAACCAUGCGAAGAUGAAAAUUGUGCGCAAUGUGCCGAUGAUGGUGUGACUUGCUACAAAUGCGCUUUCAAUAAUGGAAACCCAAAUGGUGUUUUAUUAAAUGGAAAAUGCAUAUUAACUCCAACCGAAAAUUUGGUAGAAAUUUUAUCGGACGCGCCAGCUGAAAUUGGUACUUAUGAUACAACUUAUAAGUUCUGUAAGUACAAAGGAGUGAACUCUUUUUUUGAAGAGUUGGUACCAGCAUAUAACGAGACCACCAAUCCUGGAAGUAAAUGCAAUCCAAUUUUAAGAAGAAGUUACAUGUACAAAACACAAACUACUGAUAAAACUGAAAUAGAGUGCGCGAAAAACAACAGAGAUGUGACCAAAAACUGUAUGUGUAAAAAUGGAUAUUAUCAAACAAAUGCUUCAACGUUUACAGAUUGUUCAAAAAUGACUAACCUUGACGGUUGUAUUGAGAGUGCCAAUGGCAAAUAUUGCACACUCUGCGCAACUGGAGCAAAAUACACAUCAGAAGGAAAAUGUGUUUGUCCAACAGGAACUUAUUUAAAAGAUGAAAAAUGUGAAAAGUGCCCCGAAAAAUGUGCAACUUGUGUUUGGGAAACUGGUCAAACAAAAGUGACUUGUUUGACAUGUCAACCAACACUUUAUAAUGGACAGGGAAGAGACCCAACAAAACAAUGUGAAUGUAAUACCGAUUUUUUAACUGAAGCUAAUAAGAUAGAUGUCUGUGUCAAGAAAAUAGAAGGAUGCUCAAAUAACAAAAAUUAUGUUGUCCAAAACAAACAAAUUAAUUGCUUGCAAUGUGAUAAAGAUCAUAUGGCAAUUGGAUUUGGAACAACACAAUGCUCGCAGUGUGUUGAUGGAUAUUAUAUGGACAACACAAAAGUGUGUCAAACAUGCAAUCAUGGAAUCGGAUGUUUAACAUGUGAUUCAACUGCUUGCACUCAAUGUAAAGAUGGGAAUGCUAUUUUAGCACUGCCUGCUUCAGACCCAACAAAGUAUUGCACAACUUGUAAAGAAGGUUUUACAUUCAACGAAACCGAUGGAUCGUGUGCAAGAUGUCCAAGUGUAUGCAAUGGGUGUCAAAUUAAAGAUGGAAAUAUAGAAUGUUUGGGUUGUAAAAAUAGUAGAAAUCCACCAAAAUGUGAAUGUGAUCAGGGCGUCUAUCUUGAUCCAAAUACCAAUACAUGUGUCAAUUGCCUCAACGAUUUGACUGUUUGCAAAAAGGAAUGUGACUAUGGCAACGGCAUUUACGUCCAUUGUACUGAGUGUGUUGAUGAAUUAAGAGAACCAACAACAAAUUGCACAACAUGUAAAGACACCAACAGGUUUUUGAAUAUUAAUGGUAAAUGUGAACCUUGCGCUGAUAAUUGUAAUGUUUGCACUGAUAAAGAGCAUUGCACUGUUUGUGAUCCAGCAACUUUCAGAACUGGUUUUACAUGUGAAAAGUGUAUCAAAGGGUAUUACUUGGACACCAAAGAAAAUAAAUGCAAACAAUGCGACAGUAAAUGUGAAAAUUGUACAAGUGCAACAGACUGUGAAAAGUGCAUUGAUGUAAACCGCAAGCCAGUUCCCGGGAAUAAGUGCGAAGGAUGCAAUGAUGGAUAUUAUCUAAGUGGGGAAAAUUGUUUGACGUGUUCAAAGAAUUGCAAAGUAUGUGAAGACCAAAUGAAGUGUGUUAAAUGUGCUGUUGAAAAUUUCUUUAAGGAAACUCCUGUUGAUGGAAUAUGUGUGUGCAUUGAAGGAUAUGUUUACGACACAAAAACUCAGACUUGCGAUCCAUGCAAAGACAAAUUGAACGAAUUCUGUACUUCAUGUAGUACAGAGAAAUGCUCUGUGUGUAAUGCGGAGUAUUUUGAAGCUAAAGGAGGCGAAUGUGUAUGCAAAGAAGGAUAUUACACAACAUCAUGGGGAGCUUGUGUGCCUUGUGACAGACAUAUCAGUGGAUGCAUAAUUUGCAAUACAAAAGAUUCAUGCAGUAAAUGCAAAGAUGGGUUAACGCUUAAUAAAACUUCGGGAAAAUGCAAUGGAGCUUUGAAGAUGGUUAUUAUUUUGUUGGCCAUUGCUCUUACACUUUUGUUUUAA